GGGGCCGACUGGAGUCGCCGCGGGGUCCCUGCUCCGCGGUCUAGCCCAGACGUCGCCGCAGCCCGGAGAGACGCCGCCCGCCCCGUCCAGCCGCCGCGCGCAGUCAUUUACUGAGUGUCUACUAUAUGCUCGGCCUCUUCUGGGUGCUGGGAGACAGCAGUCCACACAAGGUUACUGCCCUCCUGGAAUGUCCAUUUCAGACAGACAGACAGAUGGGAACAAGAUACAAGGAUGGGGUGUCCUGGGUUAGCAGCAGAAGACUGAUUCCAGCCCUAGUUCCAUCACGACCUUGCUGUGCAUCCUUGGCGGGAGUGAGCAGUCUUUCUGGGCUUCACGUCUGUUUGGGAAAUGACAGGCACCAUACAGUCAGCUUUGAACUGUGAGCUCCCACCACGACCAAGCCAAGCCAGAGCCCCUCCCCUGCCCCCUUCAAAUUCCUCACUCCAUCCGUAAUCCUCCUCCAUAAUAGCCUUUACUCACCUCCUUCCUGUUUCUUAAACACCCUUCCCACAUUUCCCGGACUAAGGGCACCUACUUUUCCAUAAUCUUGUUUGUUUCCUUAUUUCUUACUGGGGUCCUAGGGAGCACCAGCACCCAACUGACCCUGCCUGGUGUUUUCAACCCUCCCUAACUGUAGUCUGUCCUAUCUCAACACUAUCGCACAUAUUUCAUGCCUCUUCUAGAACAUUCCAUCCCCCAUCCCUUCAACGUGGCCACGCGUACUUUCUAUAUCCUCUACCAAUAUCUCCCUCUUACGACUGCCCUAUGAGGCCUCCAUCUCUUCCAUAAACACCCCCUUCGGCCAGUUCUUGGGCUACCCCUCAACUCCCUCCUUUCCACUCUGUUUGGGUCUGUAAAUACCCCCUUGACAAAGCUUUUUUUUUUUUUUAAUACCCCCUCCCACCCCAAGCCUCCCUCUGAUCAUAAUUCUAUCCUUCCCCUGACUUUUCCCUCUCAAGCUCUCCCCUUCCCUGCCCAGGCCAGUCCAGGAUUCACGGUCACCCUCAUCUCUCCCCCGUGGACUGCCACCCACCAUGUUCCCCUGAGCCUCCAAGGAGGGGGCUCAGGGGGCCCGAUGGCCUCCCGCCCCCCGUGGCCCCACAGCCCCCGUGGGCCGGGGGAAGAGCCUCGGGAGCCCCAGUGCCGAGGAUGGGCAACCGCACGUGGGACGGCUGCCACGUGGACUCGCGCGUGGACCACCUCUUCCCGCCGUCCCUCUAUAUCUUUGUCAUCGGCGUGGGGCUGCCCACCAACUGCCUGGCCUUGUGGGCGGCCUACCGCCAGGUCCGGCAACGCAACGAGCUGGGCGUAUACCUGAUGAACCUCAGCAUCGCUGACCUGCUGUACAUCUGCACGCUGCCACUGUGGGUCGACUACUUCCUGCACCACGACAAUUGGAUCCACGGCCCCGGCUCCUGCAAGCUCUUCGGCUUCAUCUUCUACACCAACAUCUACAUCAGCAUCGCCUUCCUGUGCUGCAUCUCGGUGGACCGCUACCUGGCGGUGGCCCAUCCACUGCGCUUUGCGCGCCUGCGCCGGGUCAAGACAGCUGUGGCUGUGAGCUCCGUGGUCUGGGCCACGGAGCUGGGGGCCAACUCAGCGCCCCUGUUCCACGAUGAGCUCUUCCGCGACCGCUACAACCAUACCUUCUGCUUUGAGAAGUUCCCCAUGGAGGGCUGGGUGGCCUGGAUGAACCUCUACCGGGUUUUUGUGGGCUUCCUCUUCCCCUGGGCCCUCAUGCUGCUGUCCUACUGUGGCAUCCUGCGGGCUGUGCGGGGCAGUGUGUCCACUGAGCGCCAGGAGAAGGCCAAGAUCAAACGGCUGGCCCUGAGCCUCAUCGCCAUUGUGCUGGUCUGCUUCGCGCCCUACCACGUGCUCCUGCUCUCCCGCAGCGCCGUCUACCUGGGCCGCCCAUGGGACUGUGGCUUCGAGGAGCGUGUCUUCUCAGCCUACCACAGCUCGCUGGCCUUCACCAGCCUCAACUGCGUGGCUGACCCCAUCCUCUACUGCCUCGUCAAUGAGGGGGCCCGCAGUGACGUGGCCAAGGCCUUGCACAACCUGCUCCGCUUCCUGGCCAGUGACAAGCCCCAGGAGAUGGCCAACGCCUCACUCACCCUGGAGACCCCGCUCACUUCCAAGAGGAACAGCAUGGCCAAGGCCUUGGCAGCUGGCUGGGCAGCGGUUCCACCCUCCCAGGGGGACCAGGUGCAGCUGAAGAUGCUGCCACCCGCUCAGUGAACCCCCAACUCGCGCAGAAACCCCUCACUCCUCCAGUCUUAGCUCCCUUCCCUUCAGGUCUGCUGUAUGCAAAUUGUAUGUAAAUGGAGCUGUGCUCGUAUUCAUAAGAGUAGAGGAAAACAGGAAAACAGUGAGGUUGGUGGGUCACUGGCCAAUCAUCAGCCUCUACCAUGACCCCCUAACAACUCGGUUGAACAAUUCAGGGGCACUGUGCUGGGUGGUGCUAGUGACACAGUGGUGACAAUCCUGGCCCUCACGUGCUCCCACUCCCAUGGGGGAGACAGACCUGCCCCCAGAAAGGGAUGACCCAGAGGGGGUGAGGCUCAGACAGGGGCACCCAGAGGGCCUCUGACCCAGUCUGAGGGUCAGGGAGGGCUUCCUGGAGGAGGAGACAAGUAAAUUAAGUCAAACAUUUGGUUUCCAGAAGGUAACAACAAGAAGUGGGGGG